ACCAAAAAGAAAAGAAAAAGAAAAAAAUAAUCUCAUAAAUGUAGUCAAGAGUGGUUAUAGCUGCCGCCUGACACUUUAAUUCAAUCUCCAGACCAACCAACUUCCAGACACCUAACGAUAUCGUAAACAAGGCAAUAUUUAAUCUAAUUUAUUUUAAUUUAAUGACAUCAUAUAUAUAUAAACUAUAUAUAUUGUCAAACAUCAAACGCUACAGACAGUCGAACCCAUCAUUAACUAACUUUUUUCACAAACAUUGUAUAUAAACAACAUACAAAGUCAACAUCUUCUCAUCAAUUAUGGGAUAUACAAAGAAAGUUAUGUUGCCAGUUACCGAAGUCGAUUUAACUGCUGUCAAAUAUGAUCCUUUACAAAUUGAAGCUCCACAUAUAACAGGGUUAACCCUCAAGUUAUUUAUCAAGUUAGUCGAAAUGCCUUUGGUUGGUUCAUUGAUCAUUGGUUACUUGAAGAAACAAAACAAAAUGAAUGUGAUAUUAAGAGAUACUGUGAUACCAGAACCACCAAUGUUCAGACCAGAGUUCCCUCCUCAAGAACCGGAAUCUGGGGUGGUUUUCCUCAAAGAAGACGGAAAAUCUGAAGAUCGUGUUGAAACUGCCACGAGAUGUCUUCCACAAUAUGAUCCUGCUAACAAUCGCAGUUCUUCUGACUCGACCACAUUCUGCUACUGGAAGAUUCGUGAUUAUGCAUAUUCUUACAGGCAAAAGCUUACAACGCCAUCAAUGGUUGCAGAAAAUGUCAUAUGUGCAAUUGAAGAGUUUGGUAAUAAGAAACCUCCAACUCCUCUAUUGAUUUCCUUUGAUGCCGAGGAUGUAAGAAAGCAAGCUGCAGCUUCCACACAACGGUUUGAAGAAGGAAAGCCAUUGUCAAUAUUAGAUGGUAUCUUUGUGGCAAUCAAGGAUGAUAUAGAUUGUUAUCCCCAUCCGUCUAAAGGUGGAUCAACAUGGUUUCAUGAGGUAAGAAAGGUUACAAAGGAUGCAGUUUCUGUAUCAAGGUUAAGGAGCUGUGGGGUGAUAUUAGUUGGAAAAGCUAAUAUGCAUGAAAUGGGCAUGGGAACUACCGGAGUUAAUCCAAACUAUGGAACUGCUCGAAACCCACAUGAUCUGGAAAGAUAUACAGGUGGAUCUUCAUCAGGGCCAGCAGCUAUUGUAGCUUCGGGAAUAUGUUCAGCUGCACUGGGAACAGAUGGUGGAGGAUCGAUUCGCAUUCCUUCUUCUCUUUGUGGUGUUGUGGGUUUGAAAACUACAUAUGGACGCACCGACAUUAGAGGUGCUUUAUGUGAUGGAGGGACAGUAGAAAUUGUAGGUCCGAUUGCAUCAAAUGUUGAAGAUAUUAUGCUUAUCUAUGCAACAAUAUUAGGAUCCUCCCCUGCUGACAAAAUCAGUCUGCAUCCGUCUGUCACUUGCUUGCCUGAUCUAUCAUCACAUGAGACUUCUAGUCUUACGGGAUCAUUGCGGUUAGGAAAGUACACUGAGUGGUUUAAUGAUGUAUUCUCACCUGAUAUCUCAAAUAAAUGUGAAGACGCUCUUACAAGGUUUUCAGAAACUCAUGGUUGUAAAGUAUUAGAGAUUGUGAUACCAGAGCUUGACCAGAUGCGAGCAGCCCAUGUUGUAUCAAUUGGUUCUGAAGCAACAGCCUCAUUAACUCCUGACCUUCAGGACGGGAAGGGUACAAGACUGACAUUGGACUCACGCAUAAAUUUUGCACUUUUCAACUCAUUCACAGCUUCAGAUUAUGUUGCUGCCCAACGUCUUAGGCGCAGGAUUAUGUACUACCACAUGGAGAUUUUUAAGAAUGUUGAUGUCAUAGUUACUCCGACUACCGGUAUGACAGCUCCUGUCAUUCCAAAAAGUGCACUUAAGUUGGGCGAGUCAAAUAUGAAGGUUACUGCCAAUCUUAUGCGUUUUAUUAUAGCAGCAAACCUUCUUGGGCUCCCAGCUAUUUCUGUACCUGUUGGUUAUGAUAAGCAAGGGCUUCCAAUAGGAUUGCAAAUAAUAGGGCGUCCUUGGGGUGAAGCUACAAUUUUGCGCUUAGCUGCUGCAUUUGAGGCACAACGUGUGGAGACGAAGCGACCCAUGUCGUAUUUUGACACUUUAGAGGGAAAGUGAGAUGCAGUUUAUGCGGAGUUGCUUAUUCUUAAUGUUCAUAGAAAGCUUUUCCUGUGAGUCUCUUGAAGAAAGCUUUUGUAAACUUUGUGAUGUGGGGCUGAAAAGAUUGUUAGAAGAAUAACAUUAUCAAAAACCAUGGCAUGACUGAUAAUUUUUUGUUUUGGUUUAAGCUAAACAAGUUUGCACAUA